AUGGGUAAUUGUGUAUUCAAAGGAAAUGGUGGUGCAUGUAAACUAUACGAUAAAGAUGAUUUAUUAAUAAAAGUAGUGACUCCAAACGGUGGCGUUAUGGAACUUCAUCCUCCAAUUUUCGCCGAAUUCAUCACCAACGAAUUUCCCGGCCACGUUAUCCACGACAGUUUAAGCCCCCGCCACUCAUCUCCGCCGCUUCUCCACGGCGAAGAGCUCUUUCCCGGUAACAUUUACUACCUCCUUCCUCGCUCUUCCUCCUCCGCCGCGGCAACCGCAACCGCUCAUUCCUCGGACCAAUUAGCAACGCCUUAUAGAAUGUCUUUCGGGAAAACGCCGGUCACUGCGGUUGCAAAUGGCGGUAGAAGCGGUUGCGGAGUGUGGAAGGUGAGGCUUGUGAUAAGUCCGGAGCAGCUGGCGGAGAUUCUUGCGGCGGAUUUGGAAACGGAAGCUUUGGUGGAAAGUGUGAGGAUGGUGGCCAAAUGCGGCGGCGGUUACGGCGGAGCUCACUUCAGGGCUAAUUCAGACCAGUUAAGUGUUACGAGUAGUUACAAAGGAAAAUUAAAUUAA